AUGGCAGGUGUAGUGCAGACGAUCAAAAAUACCGUGGCAGAGAACUUCGGGGGUGCUGCCCAUUCUCUUGCAACUAAAGAGACGCAGUUCUCGCUGGAGGCCGUCCCGGACCAGAGCAACAAGGUUGCUGUUGUUACGGGUGGUUCCAGGGGAAUUGGCUAUGCGUGUGCUCAUACCUUGUUAGAAAGGAACAUCUCGAAGUUGUUCAUCGUCGCCAGCACGAAAGAGUCUCUCGAUGGCGCCUCCUCCUAUAUCAAGGAGACACUAGGAGCUUCCACCGUUUCCAAAGUCAAAUUCCUGCAAGCAGACCUCGCAGACUGGAAGACUCUCCCCUCCAUCGCAAAACAAAUCACCGACUCAACCGACCGCAUCGACAUCCUUAUCAACGAUGCUGCGCGAGGAAUUAUGACCGCCCAGCAAACCUCCUACGGCGUAGAUCGCCAUAUGGCCGUAUGCCACGUCGGUCACGUAAUCCUGACUUCUCAUCUCCUUCCAGUCAUCAAGAAGACCGCUUCUCCCAGCUCCAAAGUCCGCAUUGUGAUGCUCGGCUCCAACGCCCAUCAAGCUACGCCCAGCGAUUGCAAGUUUGCCAGCUUGGAGGAGCUGAACCAGGAUCUCGGUCCCAAUGGGCAGUACGGCCGCGCAAAGCUUGCUCAGAUGCUCUACGCCAAGUUCUUGAACAGGAACCUGAAGAGCGAGGGUGUCUUGGCGAACUGUGUGCACCCGGGUUUCGUCGAAACGAAGCAGAGCACCGAGGAGAUCCAUGAGCCAUAUCCCAUUGCCGGCUAUGCGAUGAGCGUAGGGAUGAAGCCGUUCCAGAAGUCGCAGUGGGAGGGUGCUGUGAGCGCUAUGUACUGCGCGACGAAGACGGAGGAGGGGGGCCAGUAUGUGUGUCCGCCUGCCAUCCCCGAGGCGGGGAGUAAGCUGUACCAGGAUGAGGAUGGGGAGUUGGAAAAGAAUUUGAUGGAUUUGACAAUCAAGCUCGUGAGGGAGAAGAUGGAUCCCGAGAAGCAGGGGUGUCCUAUGAAGUUGUACUAA